AUGCAUACUCUAAGCACAUCCAAGAGGAAGCUGGAACGUCGAGGGAGCAAGCCAGAUCAGCCCGUUAUGAUCCUUGAAAGAACACUUGGAAUAUCAUCGUGUAAUCGCUCGUCUUCCUUGUCGUUGCACCCAAAUGCAUCUAAAUGCCCCAUCAUUGCAAUUCCAACUGGAUGCGUUGUGACUUUGUACAAUCAUCGACGGAAUAGACAGACUGGAUUCUUGCUCCCUGCUCCUGUCAAAAGCUUAAAAACUGGAAACGCCGUCAAUGGUGCUGGUACCAGACCUGUUAGCUGUGUUGAAUUCUCACCGGAUGGACAAGUGCUGGCUUCGGGCCAUCAACCGCGCAUCAUGAUCUGGGAUCAUGCCCAUACUCUCGUUGUAUCAGAGUUGCAUGGCCACAAGUUUGGAGUGCUAGCCAUGCGCUUCAGCCCAAACGGACGGAAUUUAGUGUCUGUAGGAUACCAACACGAUGGAUGUAUCUUUGUGUGGAAUUGGAAGACGGGUCAAAAACUAGCGACAGCUAGAGUUACAACGCCAAUUAGCUCCCUCUCAUUCUCGCAAGAUGCGUCCUUUUUCGUGACGGGAGGGACCAGACACAUCAAAUUCUGGUUUAUGGACUCAAUAAAGGCUAGUCCAGCUGUCUCUUCAAAUCCAGCUGGCAAAACACCACCAGUACCAAACAUUGAAGGAAAAUUCGGUGUAUUGGGUGAACACAAGAAUAGCUCCUUUAGUGAUGUUGCUUGUGGAAUCGGUACGCUGUCUCAGCAUACAUAUGGUAUAACUGAAGCUGGAUUGUUGGUCUUAUUUGGUGAAGGCCAUGUUAUGGAGAAAUGGGUCGACCUGAAGGUUCGGAAGGGCUUUUCUGUAGAUGUCUCUGAUAAAUACGUUGUUUGUGGAUGUACAGACGGCAUUAUACGUAUUUUCGAGCCAUUCACAUUAAAGUAUAUAAUGACACUACCAAAGCCGCACCCAGUUGGAGUCGAUGUAGCAACAAGUGUGGGAUCCAGUUACCGAUCACCUAAUAUUCAAAACGCCGUGUAUGCCAGUGUUGUAGCUGUCAAGGUUGACCAUGCGAAUGAAAAGGUGGUAGCAAUGUACUCUGAUCGAAGCAUGUUUAUUUGGGAUGUCAAGGAUCCAAAACACGUCGGUAAAUAUCGAAGCUUCUUAAAUCACAGUGAUUGCAUAUGGGGUGUUGAGAUGGUACCGUCGCAAUUUACACUACCACCAGAGCCAUCUCCACUUCCUUCUGCACUAGAGUCACCAGGAGAUUCACGGCCUCCACCUACGCCAACUGGAAGACAUCUUCCACCUGGUACAUUUGUCACUUGUUCUGCUGAUGGAACAAUUCGCUUUUGGAAUCUGGAAAUUGCUGCUCACGAUGGCCAUACAUCAUCGUCUGGAUUUUUGGGACGAAAUCUUUAUUCUCGCGAGUUGAUCAAAGUGUUAUAUUUGGAUAAGACGGCUCUGUCAAAGCUUAGUGCGAUAGAUGAUGGAUCCAACGACAACACGAAUGAACGAGGUGGUAUAAAGUCGAUCCGAAUCAGUCCAGAUGGUGAUCUUCUGGCCUCUGGAGAUCGGUCUGGUAAUUUAAGAAUACACGACCUUUCUACGUUCGAGGAAAGAACAUACCUUGAGGCCCACGAGGCUGAGAUUCUCACAAUGGAUUUCUCAGGAGAACGUGAACAAGGUUCUCCCUACUUUCUAUCAACUGCAUCACGAGACCGUCUCAUUCAUAUCUUUGAUAUCUCACGUAAUUUGAACCUCAUCCAAACUUUGGAUGACCACUCUGCCUCUAUAACGGCAGUUCGAUUUGCUCGACAAGGACGAGAACUCGUGAGCUGUGCGGCUGACAAGUCAAUCAUCUUUCGCGCUUUACAAGGAGGCCCGUAUCCGGAGUAUGUGACAUAUCACAAUUCGUCUGGACGAGCAACAGUUUACGAUUUGGAUGUGGAUCCAUCGAAUAAAGUGGUGGCUGGCGUUACUCAAGACAAGAAGUUGACUGUGUUCAGCAUUGAAACCGGCAAACCUGUUCGAAUGUAUAAACCAGAUCUUGUAAAUGACCCUCCAUCAGACUCUGGUGGCUUUAUCAAAGUAGCCAUGUCUCCUACAGGAAGUUUUGCAGUUGUAGCAGGAACGGAUCGAGUACUACGAGUAUUUGACUUGGCUACCGGAAUCGUAGUAGCAAGAGGGACGGGUCAUUCUGAGUUAAUCACUAGUGUCAAAUUCGCACUAGAUGGCACACGUAUAAUUUCAACAAGUGGUGAUGGUUGCAUCUUUAUUUGGAGAUUUGGAGGUGCACUAUCGCAUGUAUUGCAUCAACAACAAAUGUCGCCUAUAACACGAGAUUUUGAUAAUGAGAGUGUAGACUUUGAUUCCACACCCGAAACUGGAACUGGCAUGCAGUCUUUUGCUAAACGAGCAGAAAUUCAGAGGCCAUUCACAUUUUCGUUUACUGAGACUGCUCUUCCCGCUUGGGCUAGAGAGCGAGAUACAGAAAGUGAUAUAGAAAGUAAAGUGUCGGAGAGUGGUGGGAGUAGACCAAGCACCGCCACUGCUCGAACCAAAGGAAGAUGGGCUCAAAGAGUCGAUGAAGAUGGUAUAUCAUUGUACUCUGAAACACCAGAAAUUUCCAAUCCUGUUGCCAAAUGGGCAGAUGUAUAUGAGCGUCGAUACUCCCUCGAGACUGGGCUUGAGGCUGAUGGUCCCCGCUCAUCAGGCAUCUCGCCUGUUACUCCUCCCAUAGUAGGGGAAAGCAGUUUACCACGUAUGCCAGAUGAAACUAGACCGCCUAUAAUACCAACCGUAAUGCCGAAGCAGGAAGAUCUUGUAAUUGAAGAUGUAGCAGAAACCGAUGGAUCAGCAUCACCAGCUCUCGCAUUGGACGACUUAGAGAGUGAAGAAGAUGAUGGUGGUCUAGACAUUAUGGACACCGUCUAUGUUGAUCCAGCUGAUAACGAAGAACCCGUGACGGGUUCAACGUUUGUUAUUGCUGAAGAAAAGAUUAUAGAUACACCUUCGGAAAUAGCGCCAUCAACUGAAACUGGAUCACCUCCUGUUGAAGAGGAAAUAGUUGUGGACGAAGAGGAGGAGGAGCCAGAAAAGCUACCUGAUGGUGAAAAUCUCGAUUUUGAUCCAUAUUUUGGUGAUGCUGCUACUACAAACAACCAUGGUGGUGAAAAUCGACAAUCGCUAUCAGCCAAACACAUAUCCAGUCGAACUACUAUUCCAACAUCGCAACCACAGCCUCGAGGGGUCGGCACACGAAUUUUAGAUUUCGUACUUAAACGUGAUAGUAUCAAUACCAGUGUCAACACAGACAGCCCGUUGAAGAAACGUAAGGAACAGACAGCCCGUGAAGUAGACAAGGUUCGACAACGUCUCGCUACAUUGGGUAUAGUGUGGAAGAGUGGUAGUGCUGGUCCUGAUGAGAGUGGUGUAAUCUUGUCACCGAGUGAUAAUGAGAAUGGUGAAAUGGCUGAAAAGAUUGAAAUAGUGCAUAGUAAUCUAAAUAGUGCUAUUGACGACGAUGACGAUCGACCUAUAUCCCCGAUACCGAAAUCGCCCAUCAGAGAGAACUAUAGUAGACCGAGAACGCCAACGAGUGCAUCUGGCCGUGAUGUGAUUAUUGCUGCUGUUAUCGAUGGGACCUUUGAUAAAGCUACUAGUAAUCCGUCACCUGUUUUGGAGGACCGGAGACACAGUAAUGUUGGAUCAGGUUUGGAGGACAUUGUUGACGAUGAUGACGACAAUGAUGGAAUUGUAACAGACGCCGAAGAUACUGGUGAUGCUAUAGAGGAGGAUUUGCCUCUAGACUCUCAAGAUGUGAAGUCGACAUUAGAUAACUUUAGAGACAGUGCUCAGAGGGCAACAAAGGCACAUGCGCAGCUAUCACAACUAGUCAAUCCGACGCCUGCUGAAGCUCGUCUCUUGUCACGGUCGAAAGAAGUGUUGGGUCAAGUUAGAGAUUUAAUGAAUGAUGCACUGCAAAGUAGUGUUGAUGCAUUACCCUCUUCUGGAACGCGUCGACAAGAAGAUCGAGACCUUCUAGAGAAGUAUAGUGAUGAACUCUUGAAGCUCGUUCGAGAAAAGAUGUUACGAUCUUAA